AUGUUUGGGGGAGCGGCGGAGGAGGACGACGCAGAUUUCCUGUCUCCUGCCAGCGGUGCCAGAUUGGCCUCUCUCUUUGGUCUGGACCAGACAGUCUCAAGCCAGGGAAAUGAAUUCUUCCAGUACACUGCACCAAAGCAGCCUAAGAAGGGUCAGACUGCAGCUGGACCUGCAGCCCAGAAGGCUCCUGUGGCCCCAGCAGCUUCGGGAGCACCAUCAGUGUUCGUGGCCACCGCCGUUCAUGCUUACCGCUAUACAAAUGGGCAGUACUUGAAGCAAGGCAAGUAUGGAGCAGCUGUGGUGGGGAACCAUGCUACAAAAGAGUACAGGAUCCUCCUUUACAUCAGUCAGCAGCAACAGAUCACAGCUGCGAGGAUCCACCCAGGCUUCGUUCUCACGGUUCAACCCAACAAUUACAGUACCUUCUAUGAUGAUCAGAGACAAAACUGGUCCAUCAUGUUUGAGUCAGAAAAGGCAGCAAUGGAUUUCAGCAAACAGGUCUGCAUUGCCAAGUGCAACAGCUGCCCAGCGCUCGACUCCGUCCUCUGCCAGGAUCUCCUGCUUGGAGAAGGGCAGGCAGCAGAAGGAGGAGACUCCCUGGAGGUGGCCUAUACAGGUUGGCUGUUCCAGAACAAUGGCCUUGGACAGGUGUUCGACUCCAACCUUAACAAAGACAAGCUGCUGAGGCUGAAGCUGGGAUCUGGCAAGGUCAUCAAGGGCUGGGAAGAAGGAAUGAUGGGGAUGAAGAAAGGAGGAAGAAGGUAUCUCAUCAUCCCUCCAGCGUGGGCCUACGGGGCUCAGGGAGUGCCUGGCCGUGUCCCUCCAGACUCCACUCUGGUCUUGGAGGUGGAGGUUCGCCGGGUGAAGCUGGUAAAGGAAUGCCCUGCUGUGGAUGGACAGAGUGUUAGCUCAAGGGAUUCUGCAGCACCCUCUCCAGUACCCAGUUCAGAUGGCUUCUCUGCAGACACUGGCUUGCUGCCUCCAUCUAGCAUACCUCCAAAGCCUGGGGAGCCAGCUGUCCGGGCCAAGUCCAACUCCAUCAGUGAACAGCUAGCAGUAAGUGAUAAUCCAGAUGUAGCAAAGGCAAAGCUGAUCUCUCGGAUGGCUAAGAUGGGGCAGCCCAUGCUGCCUUUCCUUGCUGGGACAGCAGGCAGCCAGCUGGACUCCAGUGACUCAGAAAUAGAGGAUCCAAACACACUGAGGGUGACAGCACAACCAGUGGCUUCAUCUGCAGUGAGACCAUCCCAGCCAGCUCAUGCAGUACUGCCCACAGUGUCCACACAAGUACCUCAAGCAUCUGGUUCUGCAGCCCCAGUGUCUUCUGCUGCUUUAAUACCUGCAACCAUCCAGCCCCAUGCAGCUGUGCCUGGAGGAGCACAGGGCUUUCAGGCAUAUCCAGGAAUGGCAUUUGCUUACCCCCAGACUGCUGCAUCUGUUUCCCAGCUCCAGCCUGUAGCACAGAUGUAUCCUGCACCUUACCAAGGCCCCUGCCAUCAGCAAGGAUCACCUGGGGAUGUGACUUCCUUUUUGAUGACAGAAGCUCGGCAGCACAACACUGAGAUCCGAAUGGCUGUUAGCAAAGUGGUGGACAAGAUGGAUCACCUGGCUGCCAAGGUGGAAGAGCUGAAGAAACAAAACACUGUUAACAGCUCCCUGCUGCCUGGUAUCUCCUCUGUGACUAUGGAAGCUUCCAUGAUCAUGAGCAAUAUCCAGCGCAUCAUCCAGGAGAAUGAGAGGCUGAAGCAAGAGAUCUUUGAGAAGAGCAGUCGGAUUGAGGAGCAGAACGAGAAGAUCAGCGAACUGAUUGAGCGCAACCAGAGGUAUGUGGAGCAAAGCAACUUGUUAAUGGAGCAGAGGAACCACUCCCUGCAAACAACAACAGAGAGCACCCAGGCAAGAGUGCUGCAUGCAGAGCAGGAGAAGGCCAAAGUUGCAGAGGAGUUGGCAGGUGCCACAGCCCAGGUUUCCCAGCUGCAGCUGGAGCUGACUGCCCACCAGAAGAAGGAGAUGGAGCUGCAGAAGCAGCUGUCUGCUGCUCUGCAGGAGGCAGAGCGACAGGAGGCACAGCUCAACAAACUGCAGGCCCAGUUAGCAGAGCUCCAGGAGGCCUCUGAGGACACACAGAGCAGAUUCAAAGUGGAGAAGCAGAGCCGCAAGCAGCUGGAGAUGAAGAUCACAGCACUGGAAGAGGAGCUCACAGACCUCAGAGUGGAGAAGGAGACUCUGGAAAAGAACCUGGCAGAGAGGAAGAAGAAAUCCCUCUCAGAGAGAGCUCAGGCGGAGGAGGAGAUGGAAGAACUGCGCCGAUCCUACCAGCAGGAGCUGGACAAGCUCCGGCAGCUGCUGAAAAGGGCUCGGACCUCAACGGACCAAGCAGCAGCAGAGCAGCUGACACUCAUCCAGGCAGAGCUGGAAUCCCAGUGGGAAGCCAAAUGUGAGCGCGCUCUGGCCUCAGCCAAGGAGCAGCACCUCAGGCAGUACCAGGAGGUGUGUGAGCAGAGGGAUUCCCUGCAGCAGCAGAUGGCCCACCUGGAAGAGAAGUGCACAGCCCUGCAGUCUGAACUGGUGCUGCUGAGGGCUGCUUAUGAGGAGCGCAUCCGAGAGCUGGAGAGGCAGCAGGGUGGAUCUGCAGCUGCAGGCUUCACAGAAGAAGUGAAGAAGAUCAUGAAUGGUGUGUUCCAGUCUCUGCGGGGGGACUUUGAGCUGGACGAGACCUACAGCGGCAGGACGGUCCUGGGCCUUGUCAUGAACACCAUCAAGACUGUAACACUGCAGCUACUCAACAGGCAGCAGCAGAAGCCAGAUGGUGACAGUGAACAGGAGGAAUCUGGAUCAGAAGCAGCAAGAGAGGAGGGGUCACCUGGAGCACAGGGUGACCAGGAGGAGCCUGUGCAGCACAGCCCAGCACAGAGUGGAGGGCUCCCAGCUGAUCCUGAGGAGCCAGCUGCAGGCUCUGCAGUGUCCAACCAGGACAGCAACUCUGCUCCUCCCUCUGCCAGGCCCAGAACUCCUGAGGAGGAGCAGGCACCAUGGAGCAGUGUGGUGGCAGAAGAGGAGCAGGUCCAGGGGAAGCCUCUCUGCCUGGAUCCUGCUGAGGGGCCUGUGCUUGCAGGAGAGCCUCUUCCUGAGAGGGAGGGGAGCUCUGUCCCAGCUGAGCACAGUCAGGAGAGCUUUCCCACUGGGAAUGCUGAGGCUGGACACAGGCCUUCUGGAGCAUCUUUGCAGGCAGAAGCUGCAGACCAUCCUGCUCUGGAAGCCAAGCCAGGAGCAGCAGAUGAGGCAGUGCUUCCAGAAAAGCCAGCUAGGGAGCCUGGGGGUGGUUUAGAGCCCCCUCCCCUAAAUGGUGAGGGAGGGAGCUGCCCAGAUCCAUUGGAUGGAGCCAGCUCUGAGGAGAAGCCUGCUGCAGUGUCCAGCACAGCACAGCUGAGCUCAGCUAUCACCAGAGAAACCCCAGGAGAGCAGGAACUGGGCUCCAGCCCUGGGCAGAAAGAGUCCAGAGACAAAAGUUGCAUCAGCCUUCAAGAGAACUUGCAGAGCCAGGAAGUCAUCACUGCCAGUGAGGUGAACUCUCUGUCUCCUCCUAGCCUCUUCCAGGAUGACAACUUCUUUGCAGCAGCAUCUCCCAGACCACUGAAGCCUCCAGCUGCCUCUGAAGAGGAGGAUGAGGAGGAAGUGAGCAUGAAGGGUCGUCCCCCUCCAGCCCCGCUCUUCGCUGACGAUGACGACGAUGAUCUGGACUGGCUGGGAUGAAGGACUGGCUGGGGAGCCUGGGAGCCCUCUCCUCUGGGCAUGGCCAUGGCCUCCUCUCUGCACUUGGCACUUAGCUGCCUAUGUGGGACACUUGUGAACAAGCAAGGACUUGCCAGGCUCUUCGACUCUGCAGGCUGAAGGGACCUGGCAGCAGCUGGCUCUUUGCACUCAUGGGCACUCAGACAUGGCUCUGAGCUGGCAGGGGUUGGGAUGAGCUGAGGGAACCAGUCCUGCUGCAGGCCUGCCUGCCCCUGCUGACUCACCUGGAACUCUGCAAACAGGAGCUUUGGGGAGUGCUCCAGAACAGCUCUGGCAGGACCCUGCAGUAAGUAAGUACUCCUGAAACACAGCAGACUAAAAUCUCACUGCCUUCCCCACUGAACACCUCCCUGGAAUAUUCCUUAGUGCCCAUGGUGGCUCCUGGGGACUCCACGCCACCUCAGCACCCUGUGUGAGCACUGCAGUGUGAG